AUGGUGGGCACCCGACUGGCACUGAUGGGGGACUUGCGAGCAGAUGAGUGGCCCAGGGUCUGGGAAGUGACUCAGCCCAUGGACUCGGUCUCCCCUGCCGGCCACCUGCUCUUUACUGCCCUGAGAAGGAAGCAGCCCCCAGAGGGACACUGGGUCCUGGACUCGCCUUUCAAGGCGGGUGGCACUGGAGUCUCUCUGGAACGAGGCCUCAGUGGGGCGACGGUCAUCGACUCCCUUGACACCCUCUACCUCAUGGAGCUGAAGGAGGAAUUCCAGGAGGCCAAGGCCUGGGUCGAAGAGAACUUCCACCUGAACGUGAGCGGAGAAGCAUCCCUCUUUGAGGUGAAUAUCCGGUACAUCGGAGGACUCCUCUCAGCCUUCUACUUGACAGGAGAGGAGGUAUUCCGAAUAAAGGCCAUCAAGCUUGGUGAAAAACUCCUGCCAGCCUUCAACACCCCCACGGGAAUCCCAAAAGGCAUUGUGAACUUCAAAAGCGGCUCCAACAGGAGCUGGGGCUGGGCCAUGGCCGGGAGCAGCAGUAUCCUGGCGGAGUUCGGGUCCCUGCACUUGGAGUUCCUACACCUCACUGAGCUCUCUGGUAACCCGAUCUUCGCUGAAAAGGUCAGGCACAUCCGAAAGGUCCUCAGGAAGAUCGAUAAGCCAUUUGGCCUCUACCCCAACUUCCUCAGUCCAGUGAGCGGGAACUGGAUGCAACACCACGUCUCGGUUGGAGGACUCGGGGACAGUUUUUAUGAAUAUCUGAUCAAAUCCUGGCUGAUGUCUGCCAAGACAGAUAUGGAGGCUAAAGAUAUGUACUAUGAAGCCUUGCAGGCAAUAGAGAGCCACUUGCUGAAUGUGUCUCCUGGGGGGCUGACCUACAUUGCUGAGUGGCGAGGGGGGAUUCUGGACCACAAGAUGGGGCACCUGGCCUGUUUCUCCGGGGGCAUGAUCGCCCUCGGCGCUGAGGAUGCCAAGGAGGAAAAGAGGGCCCACUACCGAGAGCUCGCAGCUCAGAUCACCAAGACGUGCCACGAGUCGUACGCCCGCUCAGAUACCAAACUGGGGCCUGAGGCCUUCUGGUUCAACUCUGGCCGAGAGGCAGUGGCCACACAGCUGAGCGAGAGCUACUACAUCCUGCGGCCUGAGGUGGUGGAAAGCUACAUGUACUUGUGGCGGCAGACCCACAACCCCAUCUACAGGGAGUGGGGUUGGGAAGUGGUGAUGGCCUUGGAGAAACACUGUCGGACGGAAGCCGGCUUCUCGGGGAUCCAAGACGUGUAUAGCAGCAUUCCCAACCACGACAACAAGCAGCAGACCUUCUUUCUAGCGGAGACACUAAAGUAUCUCUACCUUUUGUUCUCUGAAGAUGACACGCUCUCCCUGGAAGACUGGGUAUUCAACACGGAGGCCCACCCUCUGCCCGUGAACCACUCGGACAGCGCCAUCAGGGCGGAGGACCAGCUCUGACCCCACCUCCUGGCCACUCCCCUGGCCGCUGCAAGGACGCCUGGCCUUUUCGGGUUUGGGGACUGUUCUCAAAAGGACUGAGGACGUGGGCCCCAUUUCAGGCGGAUGUGCCCGACGAGCAACUUCUUUUCCUCUGUGAGGAGACAGGACUUAGCGACGCUGCGAUGGCACACCAGGCCCAGACUUCAUUUCUAGGGAGAAUUUCUGUGAAACCCACUCACUUGCCAUUCCAGGGCCAAAGGACCAGAUGUUUGCUGAUCAACCCCAUGUAUUUGGUUCACUGCCUUUCAUUUUGGGGGCAUUUUUGGUUUUGCUUGAUUUUGCCUUUUCUCUACAGUUGUGUUUAAUCAUAAAUUAUAAAUAUAGUUUUCAAAAUCAUAUGCUUUCAAAAACGGUAUCAUCCUGAUCAACUGAACCUUAAAGGAUUUGCACCCAUACAAAACCUUGACCUUAUUUUCUAUAUUUUAAAUGCCUUUGCCCACCAUUUACUAUAUGUUCAACUGUGUGUCAUGUACCUUAUAAUUUGAGGAGAGGGUUCCCCUAUGAUUUGGGCCUAAAUGUUACGAAUCACUAGUGCUAUUUUCAUUAUUGUAAUGGAAAAAUCUGUACACUUACAAUAAAAGAGUUUAUUGCAUAAGAAA